GCCCUCCUGCCCCCCGCCCGCCACACGCGUGACCCAGCCCCGCAGCCCGCGCAGGGACCGGCCCGGACCACGCGGCUCCCGAGUUCCCGCACAGAUGAGCCGCGCUACCUGUGCCCUGGAGAUCUGCGCUGCGUCGCUGCGGGAGGUGGCCGGCCCUCGGUUCUCGCCAGCUCUCCCAGAGCCCUGGUAGGUGGCCCAUUGCAGAGCCCUCCCCCCGUUCCCCGUCCACUUCUCCUGGGCCGGUAGAAGCAGACAGCAGCCGGGAUGCCGAGGAACCAGGGCUUCUCCGAGCCCGAGUACUCGGCCGAGUACUCCGCCGAGUACUCGGUCAGCCUGCCCUCUGACCCUGACCGCGGCGGGGGCCGGACCCAUGAAAUCUCGGUCCGGAACUCGGGAUCCUGCCUCUGCCUGCCGCGGUUCAUGCGGCUGACCUUCGUGCCCGAGUCCUUGGAGAACUUGUACCAGACCUACUUCAAACGGCAGCGCCAUGAGACCCUGCUGGUGCUGGUGGUGUUCGCGGCCCUCUUCGACUGCUACGUGCUGGUCAUGUGCGCCCUGGUCUUCUCCAGCGACAAGCUGGCUCCCCUCCUCGUGGCCGCGGUGGGGCUGCUGUUGGACAUCGUCCUCUUCGUGCUCUGCAGAGAGGGGCUGCUGCCCGACCGGGUCACCCGGAAAGUGGUGCCCUACCUCCUGUGGCUGCUGAUAACGGCCCAGAUUUUCUCCUACCUGGGCCUGAACUUCGCGCGAGCCCACGCGGCCAGCGACACGGUGGGCUGGCAGGCCUUCUUUGUCUUCUCCUUCUUCAUCACUCUGCCGCUCAGCCUCAGCGCCAUCGUGGUCAUCUCUGUGGUCUCCUGCGUCGUGCACACGCUCGUCUUGGGGGUCACCGUGGCCCAGCAGCAGCAGGACGGGCUGAGGGGCAUGCACUUGCUGAGGGAGUCGUGA